AUGACUGUGGAUGUGCACUUUAAAAGCUUGUGGAAAACGCUUAAAUACUAUCAUGAAAUAAUCCAGCCUAUUACCAUCGUCAUUUUACCCGACUUCGAGGCGUAUCUAGAGUUUGUGGACGCCGUUAAGGUCUACUCCAUGUCCUUCCCGGUGUGGUUUAUUCUGUUUCUCUACACCCCCGACAACAACAUCCAUGACCAUUGCCAUAAGCCAAUCGGUAAUCCCUUUAAUCUGGCGUUCGACACGCAGAUGUUGGUAUUGUGUAAUAACGAGAUAAUCUUGCGGGAAUGGUAUUCCAUCAAGGGCGACACCGUCAAAAUUUUUGACCUAGCAGAAUGGAAAGACAAUGAAGGAUUUGUUCCUCUCACAAAUUUGUCUCUCUACGAACGAAGGAAAAACAUGGAAGGAGUUGUUCUACGAGCGGUCAGGAUAAAGGUGCUCAAUAAGAUUUAA